CUAAAUACUAACAAUAACAAGUAACAUCACAGUACCACAGUGCUGCUGAUCAGCCAGCUGCAUGCACCACAAACUCACACUCAUCAAACACAAAGCGAAGUCAAGUAAAAUGUUCGAAAAACUUGUUGGGUGGAUCAUGGAUUGAGUAGAUAGGGACAUUUGACGAACAUUGGUGUUUUCCUAGGGCCCUGGACACAGCUUCGAGUGAAGAUAGUGUUCUUUACUGCAUGUUCUGAAAACAGAGUCACAUGCUUGAAGUUGAUAACCCGGCGGCUGUGAUAACAAUGGGAGAAUGAUAAAGGCUUUCUACGAAUUUACGGGCUUGGAAAAUCACUGCUAAAAAUAAACGGUGAAAUGGAUUUGGGUUCUUCCAAUUUUUCAAGCAUACUGCCAGCCGCAAACUGACUAAUCUGAGUUGGGAACAAGUCCAUAAACCAGAAAACCGCUGUGUUUGGGAAAUUUUUCGUAACCAGGAGGUGAAAGGUUUGGGUUUUUUCCUGGUUUGGAAAAUCACCACUUUCUUCCAAUUUUUCAAGCAUACUGAAAGCCUCGGACUGACUUCUGAGUUUUGUUGGGAAGUUUUUCGUAACCAGGAAGUGAAAGGUUUGGGUUUUUCCAGGUUUGGAAAAUCACCGCUUAAAAUAAACUUUGAAAUGAAUUUGAGUUUCUUCCAAUUUUUCAAGCAUACUGAAAGCCUCGGACGGACUUCUGAGUUUUGUUGGGCAGUUUUUCGUAACCAGGAAGUGAAAGUGAAAUGAUCUUGUUGACAGCGGGCAAGGUAAUUGCUCAAAUUCAGCAAUCCAGGAAGUAAAGUCUGAUGAAGUACGGUUGCCAAGUUGCAAUGUGAUUAUAGGUUCUGACCAGUUUCCUCCUCGGCAUAAUUAUAUUGCAUUUCCGCAUUGUCAGGGUUGUGUGAUAUAAAUAUUGCACACGUCACUUUGGAAUUGCAAGGCAGUCCCAUGUACAAAUGAAAGGGUUUGCAUAUUGCUAGAUUCAGUUCUUCUGUUGGCAGUUUCACGACACGACAAAGAUCUACAUGUAGACUGUCAAGUUUUGGAUCUGCAAGGCAUAGGCCUAUCAUGAAAUCCUCGGAACAGUUCGGGGCAAGUUAUUUGUCAGCCAUGAAUGUCUAAAAGCGUGUACCCGCAAAACAGUAACCCUUACACCACAAGGCUGCACCAAAACUUGGCACGCUGCAUUUGCUCUUUUUGCUCUUAAUCAUCAUGGCGACCCCGACCCUUGACCUGGUGUGCUGCCUGGUCCGCAACCUGAGUGUCCCUGCCACGGUUUCACCCAGAACGGGAAAGGCCGUGCACCAAGACGACGAGAAGGUGACGUUCCUCCUCACCUUCAACAUCUGUGCCAUCCUGUCCUCCUGUCUGAGCAUCCUGGGCGCAGUCUACAUCCUCCUCCCUAAGAAGUCGUACCUCUACGUGCAAAGGCAGCGGCGGUCCUUCCGUGCCGUGGAGAGACAGAAAAAGAUCCUGACCUGGUUGUCUGUGGCUGACGUGCUGGCAUGUCUCGGUGUGUUAAUCAUAGCCAUCUGUGGUUUAGCCGAUGUGGGAUCCAUUACAGUUGAUAUCAGUGAAAGUGCCUCGCUGCGAUGGAUUUGUAUUGUGACUACAGCAUGGAUACAGUACUUUUACGUAGCCACAUACUUUUGGACUUUCUUCUACGCACUUGACGUUCACCUGAUGCUGAGAGGAAACAACAGGAAAAUGUUUCGUGUCUACCUGGUGUUGGCCUGGCUCGUCCCAGCCAUCAUGGUGUCCGCUGGACUGAUUGCUAUGUACCAGUCAUCCCCAAAUGACUUCCAGUGUGACCCAGCCUUUAAGAGCUGGCAGAGCCUGUUGCCACAUUACCUGAUGUCCUACAUACCCAUGCUGAUUGUGCUGGUCUUCAACCCUGUCAUGUACCUGUUCUCUGCUAAGAAAGUCGGUCCUUUGCUGAUGCGAGGUAACAUGUUCACGGACAGGGAACGUGCGAUCCAGAGCCAGGUUCAGCGGAAAUUCUUUCGCUUUGUCCUCGUCUUCACCCUGUGCUGGUUACCAAAUGUCAUCAACGGUUGCAUUCUUCUACAUAGCCUGGCAAUCGGUCAAACCAAUUGGCAUACAUAUUCAACCUUCACUGCAGUCAUCUGGGUUGCUAUGGCAAUUAUGAAUCCCUUACAAGCCUUCCUGAAUGCUCUGAUCUACUGGGGCCCCAGGGGCUGUACGCCAAACACCCCCUCCCAGUUUGAAUUGGACAACAACGCCUACGACCGCACCUUUCUGAGCAACAAUCACCCUGAUCAGGCCCCCAACGACUCCGCCGAAGAAAACGCGCCGCUGAUGGGCGGAACCAGACGAUUGACGAACAGAACUUCCUAAAAAAAGUUUUCUGUGUGAUUACUUGAACCACUGAUUUACAAAUGUAUUAUUAGUUCAUCAAAUGGUAGAUGGUAAACUUAAUGUACAUGUAAAUGCAGUAUUCAGUGUUCUCCAACCUGUAAAUAUAACCUGCAUGGUGCCCCGCCAAGCUUUCUGGGGCACCCUGAGGCACCCGCCAAGCUUCAAAAGUUGCCGCCAAGCUUAAAAAGUUGUCCGCCAUGCUUAAAAAAAAGGAAAAAAAUAAUAAAAAAAGACAAACAAGUGGGACUACCCUUAGGCCGCCAGGGUAUAUUUGGCCAGAAACUCUGCCAAAAGCAGUAACAUGCAACACUCGUCAAACUGAGAAGCCUGCCCAUUGUAGCAAUCCAUCGGAUCAAAAGUCUCAAGGCCAAACUGCCUCGAGAGUCCCUGGUCACUGAUGAGUUAAAAAGAGAUGAUGCUGAGCCAAUAUUCUACUUAAUAGUUACUGUGUUAGAAACGGCCUAAAAGCUGUUAUCCGUGCAUAAAUUGCAUGUUCAUCUGCAAAUAAGGCCCCUAACAUAAUUAUAGUGCCCCCCCCCUCCGCUUUUUGACGGCGCACCAACCUUUAAUUUUCAAAGUUGGAGAACACUGAGUAUCUGCUCCAGGAUUUUCGAAAGUGGGUUGGCUGCAUGGGGUGACUAACUUGAAGUCUGAGAUUCUCGGAAAGGGGGGGGGGGGCAUGAAGCGUUCCAGUUAAUGCUUAAAAAGCCAAUGGCCAUGAGUAGUGAAUCAAGAUUUGAGUGAUUGACAAAAUUUGGAUUGUUCUCUCUAUCGUGUUAGUAAUUAACAAAGAGGUGGGGGAUUGUUACUUUGUUAGCCAAUAAGUUUUGGCUUCUUUUUUCUUAAACCUUGAUCUUGUGUCUUGUAAAAGAAAGCCUCAAAUUUCACCGAGAUAUUUUGAUGACUCAAAUUUAACAAGUAACAAAGUAACCGACACAAAUAUUACCGGAAUAAAUAUGUGCUUGGCCUUCGGCUCGGGCCAUUAUGCGCGUCCAGGACCCUAGCGGGUUUUAAAUGUACAGUCGACUCUCGUUAGUACAAACUCUGUUAAUACAAAAUUCUGGUUAUAACAAAGAUAAAGCCUUGGUCCCGACUGUGCAUUUAUGUGCACAAUGAAUGGGACUGAUGUUCCUCUUAAUACAAAAUUCUGAUAUAACAAACAAUUUGGCUAGGUCCGAACUAGUUUGUUAUAACGAGACUCGACUGUACUUGUUUAAUAUCAGCUAAGCACAUAUGUAUUUCCAUUCAUUAAACAGAACUCAACCCUUCCAACCCCAAUAGCAUGUUUUGUUGGAAUCUGUCAGGAUGGGUACAGUGCCCCUAAACUGACAGUCUUUUACAUUGGGUUGGCACACCUCCAGAAACAAAGUCAGAAAUAUGUGUGUGCAGUUUCCCAUAUGGUGUUGGAAUUUGCCAGGAUGGGUAUGGUUCCUAGUAAAUCAUGCUAGGGAGUUAGGGUUAAACAGGCUUUUCCUUCCUAAAACCUGCAUGGUGCAACAUCCUACAAAAUCUGGUGGAGUUUGAAAGAUUUUGAGGAUUGGAAUAUAUAAAAAAAAAUUUAAGGUUUGAAAGUCUGUUCUCUGAGUACUUUAUUCAAGUACUUAUUCAAGUACUUAUUCAAGUAAUAUAAUUACAUGUUUAUGUUCCUAUUUGUUUCCUUAAAGUACUCACUUAAAGUUUGAUAUAGCUUGUAUUCCUUAAAAUUUCUAAGGGAAAGUAUGAAAUACUAACAAGGCAAACAAAAAAUAUUUCAUUAGAAAUGGUAAUGGUGGUGGGGUAGUGCAAAGGUUUCGUCAAGUAGAAAUAUAUAUUGAAAUAUUUAUUUCAUAUUAAAUAUCGGUAUAUAGUUGUUUUUUUCUGCUGCUUUAAGUGCUUAUAUUGUAAGAAUACUUAGUAUACUUUUUGUUGGUGCUUCAUGUGCUGUAUGAAUGUAUUUUCUUCUUCUAUAUUAUACUGUACAUGUACAUACUGUACAUGAACAUGUUUAUGUGAUAUGGGCUGUGUGUGUGAGCAAUAAAUGGCUCUUUGUGAUCACUUUUGAGAUCCCCAGUGGGGACAACACAUCCCGUAAGCUU